CAGGCUUCAGGGGAACCCUGGCCUGGGGACGUCUCCAUGGCCUUGGGGGAAGAAAAGGCCGAGGUGGAGGCAUCCGCGGACACAAAGACCCCGUCCUGCGGGCCGCGGAGCUGCGGAGCGCAGGAGGUGGACACCCCGGGGCUCGUAGGCGGGAAGCAGGAGGAGCCCCCGUGCCUGGAAGCCCAGGCUGUGGCAGGGUCUGCCUCCCCCGUGUGGGGGACAGAGGGACUGUCUGUGCCUGCCACCAGCCCCUCUGGAGCCGACCAGCCCCAGGCCAACACCACCAGCAGGGAGCCAGGAGCUGGUAGAUCUAAGCUUGCUCUUGGUUGCCUGCCCCUUCCUGCUGGCACUGGGACUAGAGACCUUUUGCACUCUGUUGGAAGCCAGAUGGAGGAGACCAGGCUUUCUGCCUCAGAGGAUCUACCUCAGACUCUAAGCGUUCCCCGAGCCGCAGGCCUUUGCUCAGGACACGAUGCCGACAGCAAAGAUGACCUGUCCCUGGUUGAGUCGCCGCGGGCGCUAGACCUCAGCCAGCAGCCCCACAACUCGGGUUUCCCUUUCCCGCCAAGGUGGAGGCCGCUGGGGAGCCAGGCCGCCGCUGCUCCUCAGUUCUCCAGCUGCAGCGUCUCUGCCUCCUCCCUGGGCAGCAGUCUGCAGGGUCACCGAGAGAAGGCAGAGCCUCCACGUUGCUCAAUUGCCAAGGUCUCCUCCUCCCUGGAGCUGGUCGUCCCGCAGUCGGCCCCCUCCGUGGUGGGGCCAGGGCCGGGGCUCCAGUGGUCACCACAGCCCGCGUCCCCCGGGGCUGAUGCUUCUGGGCUGGGCAGGAGGCGCCUCUCUUUCCAGGCCGAGUACUGGGCCUGUGUGCUACCAGACUCCCUGCCUCCUUCCCCCGACCGCCACUCUCCGCUCUGGAACCCGAAUAAAGAGUAUGAAGAUCUGCUGGACUAUACUUACCCACUUAGGCCCAAGCCUCAACUCCCAAAGCACCUUGACAGUCAUAUACCGGCUGACCCUGUCCUGCAGGACUCCGGCGUAGACCUGGAUAGCUUUUCUGUUUCCCCAGCAAGUACCCUGAAGUCACCCACUAAUGGCUUCCAGAAUUGCCCAUCAGCAGAGGCCUCUGCCCUGCCAUUCUCUAGGCCCAGAGAGCCAAGCCUUAUGCGGUGGUCCUCUGAAGUACCCCAGAAGCAGGGCAGCGUGGGGUUGGCAUCUUGUAACCAGCUCACAUCUACCCCCAGAGCCCCAGGCAGUAGGGACGCUCCUUGGGAGAGCAGAGAGCCAGCCCCGAGGGGUGUGAAGGACUGGCUCCCCAUGGGCAAGCACCUUGAGGUGGGUUCUCCCCAGCUGAGGACAUGGGACAGAGGGUGGCCUUUGCCCAGGACAGAGAGAGAGAAGGGGGCCAGCCAGGGCGUCUGCCACCCUGCCUGCACAGAGUCUGGGUGGAAAUCAGAAGAGGAGGUAGAAAGUGAUGACGAGUACCUUGCCCUGCCCACUCGGCUGACGCAGGUUUCUAGUUUGGUUUCAUAUCUAGGUUCCAUUCCCACCUUGGUGACCCUGCCCACUGGGGCCGCCAAAGGGCAGACCUCCUUGGAUGUGUCAGACAGUGAUGAGCCAGCUUCCCUCCCGUCGGACUCGAGCCAAAGCCAGCUUCCUUCUGGGGCUGCCUUCAGAGGGCCCAGGGGCCCCGAGGGCCAGAACCGCCGUUUGCUGCGCUCCUUCAUCCAGGCAAGGGGCUGUGCAGGGGACAGCAGUGUGGGGAGCCGCCAGGCCCUGGGGGUCUCCGGUCCGCUGGGAACACGCUCUUCCCUGCCAGCUGUGUGGGACCGGCGCGCGUGCUUGGACCCAGAUGCCACAGGGCAGCCUCCCGGGAAGGGAGAGCAGGGAGAAGAAUCGCUCGUGCAGUGUGUGAAGACAUUCUGCUGUCAGCUGGAAGAGCUGAUCCGCUGGCUGCAUAACGUAGCGGAUGUUACAGACCACUUGAUUCCAUCCAAGUCCAAUCUUACAGGUCUCAAGUCUUCUCUGCAGCUUUACCGGCAAUUUAAGAAAGAUAUAGAUGAACACCAGUCCCUGACGGAGAGCGUCUUACAGAAAGGGGAGAUUCUUCUUCAGUGCCUGUUGGAUAACACCCCAGUGUUAAAAGAUGUCCUCGGGAGGAUCUCAAAGCAGCCCAGUGAGCUGGAGAGCCAUGCAGAUCGCCUAUAUGACGCUAUCUUAGCUUCUCUGGACAUGCUGGCCGGCUGCACCCUCAUCCCGGACAAGACGCCCAUGGCACACAAGAGCACGGAUGUGAAGGGGAUGCGCCUGGCAUCUUCUCAAGCAGAUAUGUAAUCUGUGGACUAAAACCUGGCUGGUGGGAAACUUUCAGGAAGCCCUUGUAAGAGCCAUUUAACACUCAAAUCAAGGGGGAAA